CCCUUUCCAGCUCCUCCGUUUCCCUCUACUCAAAUUGCCCGACCACUAGACCCCUGAACUUCAUGUCGAAGGGUUUGGUGAUUGUGGUCACCGGCGCAAACGGCGGCGUCGGCUUCGGCAUUUGCCAUAGACUUCUGGUCAACCUCUCCUCCGCAAAUCCUCCUGAUGCGCAGCCGUUCUUCAAUGUCAAGGAGGCCGACCCCGCCUACGCCCGCUCAUACCACGGUAUCCUGAAUGAAUACGACUUCAGCGACCCUGAGGCAGGCGUAACAAUCAUCAUGGCGUGCCGAGAUCCAAAACGCGCUCAGGACGCCAGGGCGAGACUCUACGCCUUACUGGACCAACAUAUAGCCAAGAUAUCACUAGGAUCUAAGGACCACGCGUACGCGAGUACGUUCCGGAGGAACGUGAGGCUGGAGUUGGAGACGUUGGACUUGUCGUCGGUGAGGAGCGUGCUAGACUUCGGGAGGAGGGCCUCGGACAGAGCGACGAUGCACGUCGGGGUCGUUGUAAGGACAAUUAUUAUUACACAAUUGCCUUACUCCGUCCAAGGGACAGAGGGUGGUAUCAAUACGCGCGUAGGUGUCACAGGACAAUUGGUGCUGGCCGGAUCCCUGGGUGCCUUCCCAUACGAGUACAUCUCACAUCUCAUAUUCAACGCCGGCACCGCGACGUAUAGCCACCUCGAUAUUCUCGGCUUCGUCUUGGAUUUAUUCCGCUGGCCUGUCCACGCCGUCCACCACCCUCGACGAAACAUGCAGGUCAAUGGCGUUCUGAGCAAGGACAACCUCGGAUACACUUGGCAGUGCAACACGUUUGGGCAUUACAUGCUGUAUCGCUCUGUUCAAGAUCUUCUCCUCGCGUACACUCGCCACACCUCCCGCUCCGCACGCGUGCUCUGGAUGUCCUCUUUGGACGCCGAGCCCGAGUUCGACCCGGCAGACGACUGGCAGCUCACCAAGACCUACCACUCGUACCAAGCGUCCAAGUUCCAGAUCGAGCUCAUCGUGUCCGAGCUCGAGAAGCGCACCAUCGAAGCGCAGGAAACUGGGCGUGCGUCGAGUCUGGGGGAGACGGUCGCGCCGCACGGGGAGAUCCACCACCUGAUCGUGUCCCCAGGGAUCACCUCUACGAACAUGAGCUCGCUGCUUAACAUCUGGAUACCGGGCUGGAGGUAUCUGAUGAUCGCCUCAUUCUGGAUCGUGCGCCUCCUCGGCGCGCCCCACGUCCUCAUGUCCCUCUUUUCCGCCGCCGUCUCCGCCAUCCACCUCGCGCUCGUCCCGCUCGCCGCCGUCCCGACGGUCCGCAGCGAGCCGCGCAUCUCCCCGCUCGACGUCGAGUACCCGUACUGGCACGCGUACCACAAGAAUUGCUCGGACAGGGUGAUGGCGCUGCGCUUCGGGAGCGAGAACGACAAGUGGGGGCGGGACCGCACGGGGGUGAUUGCGGUGCCGGUGUGGGAGGAGCACCCGAACGCGGGGGAGGUGCUGCUGGAGCGGUUCGAGCGGCUGUACCAGGCGUAUGAGGUUGGGUAUGAGGAUGGGGAGAGGGAGGGGAAGGAGAGUGGGUAUGCGAACGGGCAUGCGAAGGCGGCGAAUGGGAAGGCGUGGUGAUGGGGUAUGGACGUCCAUGCUGGGCGGAUGCUACGUGCGAUAGAUGCUGAUGUCAAAUCACAGACCCGUCAUGAUACCACGUCCACACACUCCUAUGCCUUGGAUAGAAAGUACUGUACACGCUAGGGUUUAAUGCCAGUGCUGUUCGGAC